GCAGCUGUUUCUACCAGCUGCAGGAACCACGAAGAAGAACAGAAACAAAACGAGAACACGUGAUCCAUAUAUUUUCAUGAGCGCAUGGUUAUGAUAUAUAGUCUACUCUAAAACAUAUCUAAUAUAAAAUAGAAUUAUAUAUCUCUAAUAUAAAACGUGUUUAUAGGACUCCAUCUCCCAGCAGGCCGUGCGACUCCACGUGGCGCAGACCUCCAGCAGCAUGUCCGUGUUUAUGGACCUCAACGUGAGCUUCUCGGCCGAGAGGAGUCGCAUGACGAAGCUCAUCGAAGCAGCCGCGCACCUCGGGUUCUCCACCGUCGCCAUCAACUACGUGUUUGAACCCAUGGCCAAAAAGAAACUGGAGAUUCCAAUGCCGACGCCGGUCAAAGAGCUGAUUGAUCAGCUGCCCGUGGUGCAGGGUCGGUCUCGUCCAAUCAGAGUGCUGAACAGAUUGACCGUUGUGAUGUCAGACUCCAGUCACUUUAGGCCUAAUGCUACAGAGUAUCGUGGUUUCGACCUCCUCGCCGUCCAGCCGACUACAGAGAAACUCUUCCAUGCGGCCUGUAUGCUCUAUGAUGUUGACAUCAUUUGUAUCUCAGUGACUGAGAAACUUCCCUUCUUCUUCAAGAGAGCACCAGUCAAUGGGGCCAUGGACAGAGGGGUGGUGUUCGAGGUCUCCUACUCUGCAGCCAUCAGAGACUCCACCAGGAGGCGCUACACCAUCGCCAACGCCGUCUCUCUGAUGGAGAGCUGUAAGGGGAAGAAUGUGAUCCUGUCCAGUGCAGCUGAGAAGCCUCUAGAGCUCAGAGGUCCUUAUGACAUCACCAACUUAGGGUUGUUGUUCGGUUUGUCAGAAGGAGACGCUAAAGAAGCCGUUUCUUCCACCUGUCGAUCCGUUGUACUACACGCAGAAAGCAGGAAAUCGGCCAGCGGCAUCAUCUACACCAUGAAGACCUGCAGUGAGUCCUCCAGCCAGCAGGAGGCUCUAGCUGCUGACUUAGGUGAAGCUCCUGCAGCCAAGAGAGCCAAGCCUCACCUGACUCAGUGAUUGACAGCUGAGGAGGGAGGGCUUUCUGGAUGGUGUCAAGACUGAUUUUGAUUGGUUAUACUUCCAUUUUCAUUUCUCAGUGAAACUUCAGAAACGGCAUCUAAUGUAUUUUUGUUAAGAAUAAAUAGUGUAAUAAGUACAUCUUUUUUUA